GCAGAUCCAGUUGUAGCAAUGGCGGUUAACUGUUAACUAAAUACUAAGGUUCAUAAAAAGAGAGAUUACAUGUAUUAUGCAUAAAAAGAGUAUUGACGAGAUUUGUAUUCAAAUAUUUGAUUUCUAUACACUGAUGAAACUCUCAAUAUUAAAAUGAUUGUAGAGCUUUUGGAAUAUCCCAUAAUUUUGGUUGGCAUAAGUAUACUAUUAUAACUGAACGUAGAUAUUCAAUCCAUAGGUAUAACAGAUUAAAGAUGUUUGCACAUAUAGUUUUGCUAGUGACUGUGUGCGCUUUUGUUAGCUCGAGCGAACCGGAAUGUUCAAGAUUUCACUAUGAAGAGAAAACACUUGAAAAAAUGAUUAAAACUGAAAUAUAUGUGGACAAAAUAAAAUCGGAGACUGAAAACAUGCAGCAAAAAAUGUCCGAUAAACUUGAUGGAAUCCAAAAAGCAUGGAAGAAAACGGAGCGUGAAUUAAAAGAUGCAAUAGAAGACAAUAAGAAAGCGGUUCAGGAAAUCAAAGAAGAAAUAGAUGUAUCUACUACACAGAUCCCUGUGGUAGCCUUCCAAUCCUAUUUCUUGAAGGAAAUCACUGUAGAAAAUGGACAGACGUUAAUAUUUACGAAGACUGUUUACGACAAGGGUCUUGGCUACAACAACGGAACAGGGGUGUACACAACGCCUGUGAGUGGCGCGUAUUUGUUCAGUGUUCAACUCUGCAUUCAGGUUGACAAGUUUGUGUACGUUGAAAUUGUUCAUGAAGAUGUGACAAUUAUGAAAGUGCGUUUAGUUGACGAAGGUAAGACUUACCAUUCCUGCAGUACAGUAACCGGUGUUGCCGUCCUCAACAAAGGUGAAAGAGUCUGGGUGAAAAGCAGGCUAUCAUCGACUGGAGAAAACAUUUGGAGAAGCCCAAACUCAGUAUGGAAUAGCUUUUCCGGAGUACUUAUUAAUAAAAGUGACUAAUUACAUCCUGUGCUGCAUGUUGACAUCUUCAUGUUGGUUGUUAACAAUAAAAGAAUCACUAAUAGAUAUUGCCAUCGUAUUUGGUCCCCUACGAGUUGAAAAGCAUUUUCAGACACAAUAAAUUGUUUAUUUCUCG